UUUCCGUUCGAGGGCAUUGUGGGAAGCAGCCAUGGUCUGAGGCGGGCACCUCACCUGUCAGCCGCGCCCGGCUCCUGCGCUCGCCUCGCGCCCUCGUGACCACCGCGCUCGCCGCUCGCCGCUCGCUGCUCGGCGGGCGGGGACGGCGGAGGCCCGGCCACCAUGAUACAUUUCAUAUUGCUUUUCAGUAGACAGGGGAAAUUGCGGCUGCAGAAAUGGUACACGACUCUCCCUGACAAAGAGAGGAAAAAGAUCACCCGGGAAAUUGUUCAGAUUAUUCUCUCUCGUGGUCAGAGAACAAGCAGUUUUGUUGACUGGAAGGAGCUAAAACUUGUUUAUAAAAGGUAUGCUAGUUUGUAUUUUUGCUGUGCUGUAGAAAAUCAGGACAAUGAGCUCUUGACUCUCGAGAUCGUGCACCGUUACGUGGAGUUGCUGGACAAAUACUUUGGAAAUGUCUGUGAGCUGGAUAUUAUCUUUAAUUUUGAAAAGGCUUAUUUUAUCCUUGAUGAGUUUAUAAUGGGCGGAGAAAUUCAGGAAACGUCCAAAAAAUCUGCUGUCAAGGCCAUUGAAGAUUCUGACAUGUUACAGGAGACAAUGGAAGAAUAUAUGAACAAGCCUGCAUUUUAGCUGUGAAUCUACUUGAAGAGUCCAAGGGCUAUGCACUGGGUGCUUGUACCUGAGCAAUGCCUGGCGUCCAGUUAUUUGACAGAGCCCCCGGCAUCAUGCCAAAAAUAACCUAAAAGGGAUUCUUUGUUAACUAGCAAAAAAUUGUUUAACAUAAUAUAUUUAUCAUUAUUACAUACCUGUAUUAUACUGUAUAUACCUACUUACUGUAGUCUGGAUGUUCAAAUAACUGCUUUGUGACUCAGUUGACUGAAUGUUUUUUUGCAACAUUUGAACUCCAUGUGAUAUUUUUAAGCUAAUUUAAAUAAAUGUUUUGCAAUAUG